AUGCCACCCUUUCAUCAACGACAUCGUCGAUCUCCUUUUAAACGUACUUCAUUCCGUCGUACUUCGUCCGGUUCGAGUUCUCUGAGAUCAAUCGCGGAGAUUCAGUCUCGUUCUGAUGAUCGUGUUAAAUCUUCGUUCUCACACCCUACGAUAUUGGGAUGGGAGAAUGACGAUGGUUUGAUUGGGAAUAUGGAUAAGGAGAAACAGUCUGUUGGUUUUCGUCCGGUGGUUACAGUAGCGAUUUGUCGUGAUGAGAUAGCGGUGAUAGGAAGGGUGGAUGGAGGGACUUCUCAGGUACUCCGAUGCGAAUACACCAAAGGAGGGAUGGGGGGAAGAGAUAAAAGUCCACAUGCAAGUAUUAUAUAUCCUAUUAAUAGCCUUGGAUACCCAAGCAGAGAUCUCGACAAAGAUGCAGAUGAUGGUUCACAUACCUCUCGCUCAUCUGUCCCGACGGUUCCGGAACUUUCGCCUGAGCCAUCAACUUCGAGGUCUGCGGUUUCGGUUUCGGUUUCUGAUAUUUCGAAUCUGAAUGGUUUGGGGAAAAGUGAUGGGGAAGUGGGAAUAUCGAUGAUGAAUUCACGCAUGGAGAGAUGGAAAACUUUUGGGAGGGUGAGAGGGAAAGCGAGAGGAUUUCUUGGGGGUCGGAGGGUGGGGAAUGGGGAUGGGGAAGGAGGGGGAGGGGGAGAGGGAGGGGGAGAGGGAGGGGGAGAGGGAGAGGGAGAGGGAGAGGGAGAGGGAGAGGGAGAGGGAAAUGAAUCAAAAACUGGGAAAGAAAAACGAGAGAAGAGAAUAAGACCCUUCCUGAGGAAAUACUGUCUUCAUCCUUUUAGCAUGAGGAGUAGUUUUCGCUUGGUGGGGUGGAUUGAGGAUCCGGUUGGUUGUUGUGUGGGUCACAGCACAGCCUACGGAACGGCUCAUGCGACGGGAUAUGGGGAGGUAAGAACGGGGUAUGCAUAUGGAGGGGGAAUAGGAGAUGCGAGGUUAUGGGAUGAAGCGAGACGGAGCGGAUGGGGGGGUGGAUUAUACUGA